AUGGCAAACGAAAAUCCGAAUCAAUUAGCCAUCGAGGCUAAUCUAGGAGUAGCACAACCGAAUAUUGCUGUAGUCAAUGAAAAUGCAAGGCUCAUGGGAGAAUAUAUGGUUCCACCGGUAGUGGAAAGCCAGUCCAGUAUCGUAUAUCCGACGUUUGGUCAGUGCCCACAACACAGAUUGCAGAAAUGGCUUCAAGUGCAAUACUUUUACAUUGGUUUGAACCCGAUUAGCAGGGCAAACAUAGACUCUGCGUGCGAUGGUUCGAUCACAAAAAGAACCGCGGACCAGGUCUACCAAAUCAUGGAGGAUUUGGUAUUUACCAGUGCACUUUGGCCUACUGAAAGAACGAGGGGAAAGAAAGUUGUUAGGGUAUUCGAAGUUGAUUCUUUAACAGCACUUUUAGCACAAUUGGCAUCAUUGGCACAAAAGGUAGAUCAGAUGAGUGUAGCCCAGACAGUGGGACCUAAAUGCAAACAUUGUGAAGGGAACCACGAGAGUGUUGAUUGGCAACAACACAAUCCAAAUCCUAACACAUAUUACCCAGACUGGAGAAAUCACCCAGGUUUUCAAUGGAGUAAUAAUCAGGGAGCUCACAUUGCUCCACAGCAGACCGCACCACCCGAAUUUCAGCAGAAUGAGAAGAAGACUUCGUUAGAAGAUCUUGUGACUAAGUUAGCAGAAAUGUCCACUCAACAUAUGCAGAGAACGGAUAAGAGCUUGCAAGUUCAGGGUGCUGCCAUAAAAAAUUUGGAGAAUCAAAUGGGACAAAUAGCUAAAGCACUCUCAGAAAGACAACAAGUAGCAUUGUCAAGCAACACUGAGAUAAAUCCUAAGCAGCAGGUAAUGGUAGUAAAAGUUGUAGAGAAUGAGGAGGUUGGGACAAUCACUACACGCAAUGGGAUUCAAUUUCCAGAAAUCACAGUCGAAAGACGAGUAAAAGUAAAUGAAAAAGUACCUUCCAUAGAUGAGGAGCAAGUCGAUAAAUCUGAACAGCCAGAUAAAAUAGUUUCACAUCAAGAGUUAGAAAAUCUACAGGUUAAGACAAUCGCCCAUAUCAAACCUCAUUUGCCUCCUGUCCCAUUUCCACAGAGAUUGCAAAAGAUGAAGUUGGAAGAACAGUUUGCAAGGUUCUUGGAUAUCUUCAAGAAGCUUCAUGUUAACAUUCCACUAAUUGAAGCUAUAUCUCAAAUACCAAACUAUGCAAAGUUUCUGAAAGAGAUUCUAUCCAAAAAGAAAAGGCUUACAGAUUUCAAGACCAUCAAGUUAAAUGAGGAGUGUAGUGCCAUAUUGCAUAAUAAAUUACCUCCUAAGCUACAAGAUCCAGGGAGUCUCAAAAUACCUUGCUCAAUAGGGAAUGAUUCAAAUUUUAAUUAUUUAUGUGACUCAGGAGCAAAUAUAAACCUAAUGCCCUUCUCUGUAUAUAGGGAAUUAGGAUUGGAAGAGCUAAAUGAUACAUCUAUCUCCCUUCAAUUAGCAGACAGAUCAAUCAAAUACCCGGGAGAAGUGGUUGAGAACGUGCUCAUUAAAGUAGGAAAAUUUAUAUUCUCCAUUGAUUUUGUUGUCCUAGAUAUAGAGGAGCCAUAG